UGUCAGCGAGACCGCACAAAAUCCGCCGAAGAAGGGCGCUACAGCCGGGGUCCAGCCCUGGUGAGCUCAUAACUCGGGCGCCGGGGGGUAAACAAGGCAGGUGGACCGGGACUCACGCGACUCGGUGUCGGCCACGCGUCGUGAUACGAGCCAACGUCGUCUGCUCUGCUCUGCUCUGCUCGACUCGACGGUGGCGGAGGAAAACCUCCCCGAUGCUAACGUUAGCUUAGCCCGCCGUCAAAUGUCCCCCGGUGGGUUGUCGCCGGUCCACGAGUGACCGAUACUUCUGUGUUUUGGUCAACAUCAUCACACCAUCUGCCCCGAUGGUGACGGUUCCCACCAGAGGACCGUCAGGAGGACUGGAGACAUAAUUAACCCCCCCCCCCCCAACAAAAAAAAUUAAUUUCCCCUCCUUUCCCCAUUUGUGACCAAUGUUUGUGAGCCAUGGAUCGAGCUGUGGUGGACAGUCCCGUCACCCUCGUCAUCAGGGCCCCCAACCAGAAUUACGACGACCAGACGAUCAGCUGUCUCCCGAACUGGACCGUGGAGAAGCUCAAGGCUCACCUGGCCGACGUGUACCCGAGCAAGCCUAGCUCCAAAGACCAGAGGCUGGUGUAUUCUGGGAAGCUGCUUCUGGAUCACUUCACCUUAAAAGAUGUGCUCAGGAAGCACGACGAGUACCACAUGCUCCACCUGGUGUGCGCCUCCCGGACCCCUCCCAGCUCCCCAAAGCCCCCCCGCAGCCACGGCAACAAGCCUCGGGAGAACCAGGCCGGUCCCGCGCCCCUCACAAGCUCCAGCAGCUCUUCCACUGGUCCAACACACCCGUCGCCUGCAGCAGAGAGCAGUGAUGGACUCCGACAUGGAGCUGGACCGUUCCCCUCCCACCAGAUGUAUUCGCAGUUCAUGCACAGCUGGAACCAGUUCCCUCCUCAGCCACAUUACAACCCCAUGACUCUGAUGUGGUGGCAGCAGCUGUACGCCCGACAGUACUACAUGCAUUAUCAGUUACUAGCCGCCGCCGCCUCCUAUACGCACCUCGGGCCGGACCAGCCCUCGGCUCAGCUUCACCCGCCCGACGCGCUGAGCCAGCGGCCUCAGGCGGAUCACCGCGGCAACCCCGAGGUGCAGAUGAACGCCCAGGGCGGCGAGGUCCUGAACGAGGAGGAGCUGAACUGGGACUGGCUGGACUGGGUGUACACGUUUUCGCGCGCCGCCAUCUUGCUCAGCAUUGUCUACUUCUACUCGUCGUUCAGCCGCUUCGUCAUGGUGAUGAUGGCCAUGCUGGUGCUCUACCUGCACCAGGCCGGCUGGUUCCCUUUCAACCUGGAGAACGAGCUGCAGCUCCCCGGAGACCGAGCCAAUCAGGACGAGGUGGAGGCGGAGCUGCAGAACCACGACUUACAGGAAAUGGAAGGACUGAUGGACGACGGCUCGGACGACGACGGGGAGAGCGGGGAGGAAGGAGCCGAGGACCCGGACAGCGGCCCCCAAGCGGGCUUCCUGGCGUCCACUUGGUCGUUCAUCAUCACCUUCUUCAUGUCCCUCAUCCCGGAGGGGCCGCCCAACGCUGCUAACUGAGCCACGAGCUGCCGUCUGUGAGAGAAGGACGAACGUCCGACCCGUCUGUCGUCUACUUUUACUCAACAGCCGGAGACUUUGAGCCGAAACACACAAACGACUGAUUGAGGAGAAAGGACGAAUGAAAGACGAACAUUUUGAACUUUCAAAUGAGAAGAACGUAAGUUGAAGGUUUCCUAGCUAUGCCUUGUAAACAGAGUAAAAAAGAAAAAAUAGUACGUGUCUGCCAAUGUGAUGUUUCUAUGAUUCAUGAAAAAGGAACAGCCGGCGAAAAUAACCACAGCACUACUUGUGUUUAACAACCUCCAUCUUUCUUUCUUUCUUUGUAAGAAACAGUGAAAUAGAAUAGUAGAUUUUUAUUUUAAACAUUAGUCCAGAAGCCGAAACAGAGCAAAGUAAUUAUCCUGCUUCUCAUGUGGCACUCGUGACUAAAUGACACGUGACUCUGUUUCUGCGAGUUCAUAAAAAUGUGUGUGAACACAUUGUGAAGUGCGAAACCACAGGGCGGACGCCGGCGACGGGAAGGCGAAUCGAUGCACCCGUUAAUUCUCUCGAAUGGCCCGAGAGAGGCGAGCGAGACGGAGGAAUCGAUUCCUCCGCCGCGAACGGAAACGUCGAACAGGACGGAUUUGAGCGCCGCAACCUCCACGUGGAUUCCAAGCUCACACCUCUUCAGUUUGUGAAAACGGCUGCUGCUGCUGUUAUUCUUAUCUUGUUGUGAACUAAUGAUGAUGAUAAGUCAUGUUUAUUAAAACCUUCCGUCAUGGUGAUGUG